AGCGCAUUCAUUGGACCGUUUCAACGCGCUAACCCCUCUCGUACGUUAGCGGUGUGGGAUCGUUGGCGGUUAAUGUGGGUUGUGCUCCCCCCGCGCGUUACUCUCGCGUUCUUGGCAAUUCUUGUAAGGGUAAGUGCGUCCGUGGAGAGAGACCAUACCCAGCGGGAUUUUGAGGAGGAAGAAUAGGGGAAAUCGUGACUUGCCUGACCGGAUACGGAGAGAAUAUAAAGGAGUGACGUCCCACCAGUUGACAAGAGUCACUUUUGUAACGACAGCACAGUACCGAGCACUGCAAUACAGUUUACUACACUAGCGAUUCCUCGGCAAAUACGCUGUUGAGGACGAAGAUUAAGCUGGAACUGAAAGAAAGUAACCAUAAUUGGCAAAAUGGCGUCCAGAUCACUCGUCAUACUACUCGCCGUGGCCAUGGUAUUCUCGUUAGCAACCGCCUUCUACGAUCCCCAGCUUGAGGACGACUUAGACUUUGAAGCUCUUGAGCGCGAGGUUGAAAAACGGGACGACGAGAUGAGUGAGGACCUCUUGCAGAUGGACAAAAGAUCGUACCCGAGAUGCCGCCAUUGGCUGACAAAGCAACUGUGUCGCUGCGACAACAGCUACGGCAGGUAUGAGGAGGAGAGAUACCACUGCAUGUAUGGUCAAAGAGGCAGCCAACGCGGCCCGUUCAGAGUUUAACCACCAACCAGAUGAAUUCCUCGCAAUCUUCGAGAGACAACCACUCUAAAGGGUUGCGAAUGAGCUGUGUGUCAUUUGAAACUUCUGCCGUAUUCGUAUUCAUCGUUUCACUAUUUGUCAUUGUUCAGCAAGCAGCACUCUGUUUCGUAAUUAUCCUGCAAAAGAUGCAACCUUCUAAAUUUUAAGGGUUAAUGAGUAUCAACCUGGUGUUGUUCCAAACCGGCUACGGGACCAAAAUGCAUUUUUUUACAAAUUUGAUUGUGGCUAUGUGAAGGUGGAAUAAGGAGGGCUUAAAAAGUAAUAUUGGUCUGUCUUGAGUGUUUGCCAUUUUUUUAAUAUUGGGAUAUAUUUAACCCCAAAAGAGCCGGGUCAGAAUCCACCAGCUCCAUCGUGACAUUCUCCAACAACAAUGUCUUACCGAAUACUCACAAUGCCUUGGGCCGAGAGACGUCAGGAUGGGAGCUAAAGUGGGGACUUUACGAACAUAAUUAGUUUUAAACUUGAAACCAGCUUCAAACAGAUCAGGUACUGGACAUCUAAAAUUCUGAGGGGGAUCUGUCCCCUACCAGGGCAGUAAGAUGGUCUUAAGGAUAAACGGCUCUUUUAGGGUUCAAAUAGGUACGAGUAACCCAAAGAACUAAUUUCCGAGUCCUAUUGCGUUGUUAAAUUACUGAAGGAAGGGCAUUGUUCACUGAAGCCAGAGGCCUCGGAUAUUGGAAAAGCGCCCCCAAGCGGUAACAAAAAGGACGGGUAUUUUGUAAGAGCGCGUUAUUUUGUAGAUGGCGAAAGCAUUGUAUUGGAGGAACAACAACAAACCGUAAGUGCAGGGGCUUGUUAUAGAACCAAAACAUAAACAUUAAUCAGUGAUGGGAAUGAUUUUUAUCUUAGAUCAUAAAGAAGUCUAUUCAGAAACCUGUUUCAUUGGUAUUACUUCCGAAGCAGUAUGGGCUUUAAGAUGUAAGGCCAUGUGCGAAUGAAGUGGCUUCUAUUCAGUCGGUCAAUCAUUUAGUCGGUCGAUUAGUCCCUCAGUCGGUGGGUCUGGAUUAAUGCAUGGUAAACGGCUUUAGCUGCUAGUAAGUGCCGUCCAUUGGUGCAUCUGUUUUUCAUAACAAGCCGCAGCCUUUGCUUUCACACUCGGCCUAGCAUUUAAUAUAACACCGUGUGUUUUAUCUUUAGGACUAGUUUUCAUGAGAAUGAAAACAAACCGACAUCUGGUUUUUCAGUGCGUAGGCGAACGGCAUCAGUGUUGCCCUGAAGAUGGAGUUUUUAGCGGCCUGUUCUUGACACGGGUUUCAUGUUAUCGCGCUCGAACAGCGGGAACACCAUCCAAGAACACUAUUCUCGGAACAAGAUCACACACUAAGGCCUCUUCAGGGUUUUACAGGAACACACGGAAAAACUCGUGAGAUUUUGAUUGUCGACCAGCUGCAACAAGUAGAGAGAUCACAGACAAUGGGGAGUUUUGCAAAAUUUUGCAUGUUUUCCAUAACACGGAAAUGAAUGUUCCUGUUUAAAUAAAAAAGAAUCCAGCCCAUCCAAACAUUAACUCUCGAAUAACGUACAUGGCCGCCGCCAAGUCGCAUGCCACUACUUCCAGCAAUAACCGGUUGUUUGUUCCUGGCGUUCGAGCUGUUCGUGAACAUAACGAGAACUAACCGCCUGAAAUCAGCCAAUGUGUCCUUAACCGCUCUCCUUUCACCGUUGAGGGAGUGCUGCAUCAUGGAGUCCAUACCCACUUUACAUGCACAUUUUGUCAUAGCUCGGUCUGUUUAUUCAUCUGCUUAACAACCACCUCUCCAAACGCAUUUUAUAUCGUGAAUUUUAAAGAAAUAAAUUGUCGAAAGGGA